UUUCGUUUCCUGCUCUCUCUGCCAAAGUACGCACAGCAACACCGCUCGCUCAAAACAACCAUGCGCAGUUACCCACGACACCAAGUCAGCGCACCCGGUCAUGAGGCAGCCGCGGUUCGGAAUGAUUCAUACCUCGAUACCGAGCAAGAACAUCAUCAUGAUGAAUCUACUCUCGCACAUGAUGAGUCCAGCGCUAUCAUCGUGCUCGGCUCCUUCGUGGCGGGUGCAUUGGUGGGGGCGAUACUCUGCGUACGGGUGUUCAUGUUCGCGCCUACUGUGGUCGUGCUUCUCUGCGGGGCCGGGGCGGCGGUGUUCACCAAGUCAGACAGCAAGGCCGGCCAGAUUUCCCGUGAAGUGGGCAAGUGGACCUGCGACGUUUUCCUGGCCUUGUUUAGGGUCGUUCGAGAGUUCAACUACAAGUACCAGCUGACGGUCAAGGUGAGGAUUACGGCGCAAGAAGCGGCGGGGAAGGUAAAAGCCGAGGUGCAGAGGCUCGGCAUCUGUGACGGUGUCAAGACCAGGGCACGCUCCCUGUGGGAACAAGUCGACAAGCGGACCGCCCCAGCCGGUCAACCUCCCAUCCGUGCUGCACAAGGGCAAGACACGAUAAGCCUGAUGAUGGAAGAACCUCAACUUGGUUUCGAUGACGCCGCGGAUGCGCUUGAAUCAAAGUCUUGUUCCUCAUCGUCCUCCGAAGACGAGAAGACUGUUCGACUAAGGUUGUUCGACGCUUGA